AAGAGAACGCUGGAAAGGGCUUGGAACCUCAUAUUAAUCGAAUAAAUCUUUACGAAUAUAAUUGAGAUUUUCAAUCAUCAUUGGUGUGGAAUAAGAGUUUAUCUCCAUUGUCAGGUUGAGCCUGCAACUCUAUAAUGCAUGGAGAUCAAACACAAUCCAACAACAAUGGAAGUUCCAUCACGUUCUCUAAACGCAGGCGGAAGCAGCUUAUAUUUCACAGGCGCUACGGUUGGAUAUACGAGGAAUGGAGGAGCCCCGCUGAAGUAGCUCUCACUGGAGGCCGAGGAAUGUUUUGUAUUGUGCCACUCACCAAAGCUGCAGUGAAAGUUGUCUUUCAAUGGGUUAACACAACUACAGACUUAUUGAUGCAAAAGUUGGAAAGUCCAUCCUGUCCACGUUCUCCGCAGGCUUGGUUUAACUGUGCAAAGGAGACGGUUAGGUGUAAAGUUCAGAAUUGGUGUGGUGGAUGGGCAUCACUUAGAAGAAAGCCUUUCCUGAUCGAUUCAUCUCAGUUAAAAGCAUUUAAUCUUUCUAGCAUACAAACAAAAUAUUCCGUAAAACCCCAGUUGCAAUCUGAGGUAUUGCAUAAAGGAGAAAUAAACAUGAAUAAUGAAAGGUGAUAUUGAAACUUCUUAUUGAGCAGGAGGCAAAAAUAAGUUUGUCUUGACAUGAUUAUAUUGUGCUUGCAAUAAUUUUUAAUUUCAAUUUUAUCCCA